GGUGGAGUCAGGAAAACAUCUGGUGAUCCGCGCCGCGCGCUCUCUGUCGACACGUCCAAUCUAAUCCGCCGCACCGGACAGACACCAAGCGCACGGCGUCAGGGACGAGAGCCCGACGCCUCCGAGACGAGUUAACGCCUGCGAGCGUGCCACCAGAAAGCCUAUACGGUCUAUAUGAACGCCCCAAAUAGUGUGUAGACCGACUGGGAGGCAACCUCAGAGUGCACCAAAUGAAGACAUGAAUAAGAAGGAAUGAAGUCAUCUCCUGCUCUCUAUGGCCAGCAAACAUCACCGAUGAAUGCAGUGAUCGAUCAACCCGCCGCUCAAGAGGCCUCGAUGGUGGAGGAAUCGGUCUCGUUUGCUGUCGGCCGAAUGCGUAGAAUGUCGCGGGAGAGGUGUGGAAAGAGGCAGGUUGAGACCUAUUAGUACAGACAGUCCCAUUGAUCAUUCAGCUCAGCUGCUUUGCCCAUCAGUGCAGUGGCUGGUUUAAUAUUGCCCUAAGGACUGCUGGCAUCGGGCUAUGGGCGCACCGUACGGAACACGGCGUUGCGAGCGUUUGUUUGAUGAAUAAAUGACAUUUGCGUCUCUCGCGCGUAUCAUGCUGGUGGACCCUCCGCCGUCACGCGCAGCGCUUCGGCUUCUGGAAAUAAACUGAAAUACGGUGCAAUGUGUUCGUUUUGGAAAUUCAAUAAGGUGCGCAAUAAAACCCCGUGUGAGUGCCGGACAGCAUCGGACAGGGUCGCAAUCCACGCCGUGGCCUGUGUGUGAAACACGCCGGAGAAUGGAGAAGUUCCUGCAGAUAGCGCCCCAUUCCUUGGCCAUAGUGCUGUCACGGGUCGGCACGGAAGAUGAAGCAGCCGCCGCGGUCACGGAGAAACUUCAGCACCAUCACACCGGCUAUGAGAUAUUCGCCGACUUCAAAGCGGAGAACAUGCAGCACUUCUGGAAUAAGAAAGUCACAGACGCCAUAUCCGAGACCUUCUUCUUGGGCUGGAUAGAUGAACAUGUUCUGCUCAUUCAAGGCAAGGAGGAUCAUUUGGAGGUCCUGAGGGAAGGAUGGACACGGAGGGGCCUCAAACCACCGCGAGGCUUCGAGAUCAAGUGCAUAGGCGAUGUAUCUCCAAUCAGUAUGUCACCCAUCAGUCAGUCUCAGUUCAUCCCACUGGGAGAGAUUCUGUGUCUGGCCAUCUCAGCCAUGAACUCUGCCCGCAAGCCUGUCACACAAGAUGCGCUGACGGAGCACCUUGCCACCUGCUUCCCGGGUGUACCCACUCCGAGUCCAGAGAUCCUGCGGCACACGCUGAACAUGUUGGUUCGGGAGAGGAAGAUCUACCCCACACCAGAAGGCUACUUCAUUGUUACUCCACAGACCUACUUCAUCACCCCGUCUCUCAUCCGCACCAACAGUAAGUGGUACCACCUGGACGAACGACACCCAGAACGACAACAGCAGCAGCAGCAACAACAGCAGCAGCAACAGCUUCAACAGCAACAGGUGCCACCUCAACAACAAUGCACAUCACCACAAUCUGGAACCAUCACUCCCUCCACCUCUGGCUGUGUACGAGAAAGGCCAAACCCUAAGAACCACUCCGACUCCUAUAAUGCCUACCGCGAUGAGGUGCCCAGCAUUCAUACCUCCACAAUUCAAAGGAAAUCCCCAAAAGAACCCAAAGGAGAUCCCCCUUCAUACCCACAACCCCCACCCGCUCCAGCUACCAUUCAGCACCCACCUGACCCCACCGAUAAGAGCAAGAGCAUGACCGCCACCUUCUCUUACAAGACAGACACGCUAACCAAGAAGAAGGAGGGCAGUAGUGGGGGCAGCAGUGAGAGGCAGUCUAAGAAGUUUGGACUGAAGCUGUUCCGCUUGAGCUUCAAAAAGGACAAGACCAAACAGCUGGCCACCUUUUCAGCACAGUUCCCUCCAGAGGAGUGGCCCUUGAGGGAUGAGGACACACCGUCGGCCGCAGCGAUCCCCCGUGAGGUGGAGAUGGAGAUCAUUCGCCGCAUCAACCCAGACCUGACAGUGGAGAACGUGGCCCGUCACACAGCUGUAAUGAAGCGGCUGGAAGAGGAACGAGCUCAGCGCCUCAAGGCCAGCUCAGCACAGCACAGUGCCCGCAGUCGCCGCAGCCGAGGUCACCGGCGUUUACCACACGGGAAGUCGCGUUCGCACAGCAAGACGCGAGCUUCUCGGGGAGACCCCUCCGAGGGCUCCAAUCUGGACCUGCCAGCAGUCAGCCUGGAAAGGGACUACCGUUUUUUCAGCCAUUCUCUGGUACGCUCACCAAGAGAGGGAAUGUACACGGUGGAACGCAGAAGCGGUGGUGCCUAUCUUGUCCACAGCAACCCCAACAUUGCUGAGUCACACUUUCCUGUCACUCCGGAGUGGGAUGUUUCAGGGGAGCUUGCAAAGAGGCGGACAGAGAUGCCUUUCCCUGAGCCUUCACGUGGGACGUCACAUUCUAGAGUGCACCGGAGCCACAGCCACACUCAGGACCGCAAGUCACGUAACGAGCGGCCCGAUAAGGCUAAAGAGCGAUCACGUUCUAUGGACAACUCCAAGGGCCCGCUGGGAGGUGGGAGCUCCACGCUCGGCACGGCUGAGGAUUACGACCGCAGUCCCGAUGACAGAAGCCGAUACUAUACCGACGAUGGGACGCUUAGGGCCUCCUCUCAAAAGGCCCCGCACUAUUCAUGCAUCAUGUUUUCUGCUGCCAAGUUUAGCUCAGAAAUGUCCGUACUUGAUAUAGGCAAAAUGAGUUUGGACGACUCGAGGCUCUGUAGCCCUCUAGAACGGAACAAGAGCAGGGACAGCCUCCCAGCCUACAGCGACCUGAAGGCCCUGUCGCCAAAGCCUUUGGCCGAUGACUACUUUCAGUGCAAUACAUCGAAUGAAACAAUCCUUACUGCCCCGCUGCCUCUGUGCAAAUCCGACCAUGACACUUUAACUCCAUCCGACGGAAUCCGCAAGGGCUCUCCAGCUGACCGGCAGACACCGCACCUCCCCUCUCCCCACCCCUUGGAGUACAAAGAGGACUCCUCGACAAAGGGGCACAACGGUUCUGGCAAACCCACACCGAGCCAGACACCUGAGCCGAUGCCCAAUGGACGGUUGAUACAGCACCAACACAACACUGACCCAGGGGGCGGGGGAGGUGGUGGUAGCACUGGUGGCGGGGUGGACAAGAGGAAAGAGAUUUUCAGUAAGGACACUUUGUUCAAACCGCCACUCAAUGUUUUGACUGUGAGCUAUGUGGACAGUGGCUACUCAAAGCCAGGCACUUUGCGCAAGACUCCGCAUAUGAAAUCAUCCGAGGUCCUUGACACUCUGGAGACCCAACAGCCACCUAACUCCACCCCUUUGUCUGCUUCUGACCCGGCACCUACAGGCACAGAACAGGGUGCUCCCUCCACAUCUGAAGCUGCUUUUGACUAUUACAACGUGUCAGAUGAUGACGAUGAGGAGGAGGUAGAGGAGGCCUCCCGUAAAGAGGCGGCCCCGACAGAAUCAAAGGGGCGGGCAGGGGCUGGAGAUGGUGGUGGUGGAGGUGGUGGGACCAUGCAGUGGUUGCUAGAACGGGAGAAAGACCGGGAUUUACAGCGGAAAUUUGAGAACAACUUGACUCUACUUAGCCCUAAGGAGAGCGAGAAUAACAACAGCCAGAAGACUGCUCACUCGGCACGGCUGGACAGCAUGGACAGCAGUAGUGUGACUGUAGACAGUGGGUUUAACUCCCCUCGCACACGGGAGAGUCUGGCGUCCAACACCUCAAGCAUCGUGGAGAGUAACCGGCGACAGAAUCCGGCCCUGAGUCCAGGCCACAUGGGUACCACCAGCAUCGGCCCCCCGUUCAGCUUCCGUGCAAUCCCAGAGCCCCCUACCACGCAACCUGAGAAACUGCAGAAAUCCCCCAACUGCCUUGCCUCCAUUACCAGCGUCUGACAUGGGCCCAUCUGGGUUGACGUAGGGUCAGGGUGAUCUGCAAUGUUGGGGUGCCUAAGUGCAGGAGGUUGGGUGACUCCCUCCAUCAAGCACCUCGACUACAUGGGGACUGUUAAACCCGCAGGCAUGGCUUCCAGAGACUGUUCCCACAGCAUCAAAGGUCACUGCAAAAAAAGAGGAAAAAGGGAAACAAAUGGAAAAGGAAAUUUCUCAUCAUAGGAUUUACCUUCACAAGCAAUUAAUCAGGAAAUUCUGCAGUUGGAAUCAACCGUUGUUUUCAAAAUAGGCUUGAAGUAACUGGUAAUUUAACAAUGUUUUGUUUUCAAGAGUAUAUUUUGUCAGUCACAGAUUAGAGAUCAUCCAGCCAAUGGAUUAAGUUUGCACGCAUUAAGAAGUAGAUGCUGAUGUGCUGGUCAAAGGUAUUCAAGUUUUGUAAUAUUGGUAUGCAGUACAAUUUUAAAAAAUGAGGCAUAAAAGCUCUCAUCUGAGCAACAUUUAAUUCAUGAUUCAUAAAGUUGUAUAAUAUUCCUAAAAAUAAACUCAUUUCUCAUGACAGUUAGCUGCAUUGGUGAAACAAUAAGAAUCAUACUCAUAUGCUUAUUAAAACAAGUACAUAGACUGAAUUAGUGGAAAAAAUGUUCUCAUUCUGAAAGAUUUUUUUUUUUUUUUUUUUUUUUUUUUUUACCCAAACCUAUUGUGCGUACAAUUAUUUUGUAUGCACCUUUACACUACGUUAUGGAUUUACCUGUUUCAUCAAAGUUAAUAUUAAUCUCAGGUCAUGAACAGUUAACUCUCCUAAGAAGAGGUAAAGCAUCAGUAGUCUGUAAUCAUGUUUCUGUGGAUUCACCAGUCUUUGUUUUUUAAGGGAAUAAAACACAUUCUCGUUAGACAAAAAUAUGAAUGAUUUCGAUUACAUUUUUGUCAGGUGUAGAGGUGUAUUUUUAUUAUGUUGAUUCCCUUUUGAAAUAAAAACAGCUGUGUGCCAGUGUGAAUCCGAUACCGAGUCUCAUGAACCAGACUUGUGGAUGUCAUUGUCGGUUUGGAAACAUGCUUGUCUUCUUCUGUGUAGCUUGAUGGCUCUAUUUGUUUUCACGAAAGGAGGAGGAUGUUGGAAAUCGCAAUGGCAAUGGGAACACGGGUGUUGCAUCCAAAAAACAUCCAAAACACUCCAAGGAAAGGUCAUACUGCUCUCUUCCUUUGGGCCAGUGGGAUUCAGAGACUCGGCCCUUUUGCUGCUCUGAUAAAACCUUUAUUUUGAAAAAUGUUCUUUCUUGAGGUGAAUCCAGACCACUAUGGUGUUUUAUUUUCAUUUUUGUUUUCCCCGGGAAUUGAGCUGGUUUUCAUGCCAUGUCCCUGACCUAAAUUGCAAAACAUGGUCAACAGAUGACAUGGUUCAAAUUUAUGCCACAGCCAACACAUUAUCUGUAUAUUCACAAUAUUCUCAACCUUUUCAUGAUUUCAAUAAAUGCUUCUUUUAGGUUCCAACAACUGAUUCAGUGAAAGUAUGUACAAAUAAUUUGCUCCACUGUUAUUUAUCAGAGAGGAACAUAGAUUACGUUAGAUUUGGACCUGCCUGUGUUAUAUACAGUAAGGUUCCGAUCCAUGAGCGAAAGCCUCUAAACACUAAAAUACUUUUUGGACUAUGGCUUUUACUGUUUGGCGUGCCAUCUCAACGCACCAGAACUAACGCUCGUGUCCCUUCUGGUAGUGACUCGGUGAGAUUUGGGGAAAAGAGCAGAGCUCAUGUCACAUCCAUUGGUGCUAUUAUGUGGUGAUCCUCCCUUUUUUAUCUUUUAUUUGCGUCCUUUCCCAUACCCUCCACAGUUUCAUUGCUUUAUGAUAAGUGUUCAGGUGGAUAUCCUCCUGUGGGACUUCUUUUGAACCACUUUCAGCUCGCUCCCUAUCGCUCGACUAUGACCCACACACACACAGACACACCUGCAAUCAGCCAUGCAAACUACCCUAAACCCCACAUACAUGCACAUAACUAGCUACCUCCACCACCUGUGUAACAACAAGGUAGGGACGUGUACAGAUUUGGAUUCUUUGCCUGUGGAACACAGCGCUAUCAGCCUCUUCUCUGUGAAUGUUGACAAGGAGCGGCGGACAUUGUAACUAAGAGGACUUAUUCUAAAGUAAUCAGUAUUAAGUGCUGUAGUUUCAACUCAAUUUUUCUCAGUUUUUGACAGAAGUGUCUUUUACUUAUUUGCAAGUUGUGUAUAAAUCUGUCUAGCACCACAUCUACAAAACAACCCCCAAUUUUAUGUUUCCCCUCCGAUUUGUGUAAGAAGCCAUUUUCAGUUACCCGCUGCCCCCUUUACAUGAAUAUUUGUUUAUCUGCUUCAUGAUUUCAAGCCCAGUGAGUAACUUCAGUUUGUCGGAAAUGCAUCUCGGCGGAAAUCAAGGGACUACAAUUCUAUAUUAUAAACAAGCACCUAGACAGAUAGAAUAUAUUCAAAUGAAUCAUGUCAGGCAUCCUCCAGUCCUAAACGUUUUGCCCAAAUCAAAAAUGGUUAAUCUGCCUUCUGCUUUUUGGCAGUACUGAAUACAAUAGUGUUGUUUUCAGUUUCCCACCUAGUGUUUGAGAGGUCAGUGGUUAGGGUCCAAACAGCCUCUUAGACCCUGUAGUUGGAGGUGGGAUGAAGAUUGUGGAAAGACAAAAGCCUCAUAUAUGAAUGGUUAUUUUAAAUCAUCACAGAUGUACAUCAGAGAGCCACAUUCGACAGAACAAGCUUCUCAAAAUGACAGUUCUAUAAAUAGAUUCUUUCUCAAAACGUUUCAUCAGAACGUUUCUUAAAACAACGAUUUAAGUCCAGAAGUAUAGUGACAAAUACACAUCUGUAGAACUUAAAUUGAAUUUGAAUGGUUUCUGAUGGACACUAAUACAAACACAUGACCUCCUUUACUUGGCAAGGCUUUGUCAGAGGAUGCAUUUUGGGUAUGUGUCACAUUUUGUGAGAUUUAUAGUUUUAAUUUCAAACUUCUUCAUCUGGUAAUCUUUUUUCCCCCUUUUUUUGUUGAUAGACAAAAGGAAGUAAUGCAGCCAAGACUGCCUUGUAAAAAAAAAACAAAAAACAUGUUUGCACUGAAAUGCCUGGCCUCUGGUUGCUGUUAAGUCCAUCCAAGACGGAUGCUUUGUUUAUAUUGUAAAAUAUUUCAUAUGAAAUAAAAAUGACCAUGAAAUGUCUUCCCUUAACAUUAUGGAUUUUAGAACCACGUCAGACAACAUUGUUUCUAAAUGGUGACAGUGUACAGUAUCAUACUGUAAAUGAAAUCAACCUGCCAUGCUUAGUAUAACUUCAAAAGAAAACUGAAAGAUAUGAGGGAUCUUUUUGUAAUGUCUAUAAUAUUUGAAAAGAAGUCCCUAUUUGUGUAGUAAUGGUGUUUCAUCGUUGUGGUAGUAUAUGUGAUAAACCCAGUUGGGAGAUUGUGUUACUUUUUCAGACAAUAAAAUAACAUGUUUGGUUAUA